GUGGAAUUAACUUUAGAUUCAUCAUUCAAACAACAUUCAACCAAAUUCAAUAAUUUCUUUAAAUUCUAAUUGGUUAUUUAAACUUAACAUCACAAUUGGUGUUUUGUAGAACUAUAAAUCAAUAAAUACUCUUCAUCAUGCCAUACGUGGCUAGUGAUGGAAGAAUUUUGGAUAAACCACCAAUAACGAAGAGGAUUGAGCUUUUCUUCGUUGGGAUUUGGACGUUUCUCGUUUUCUUUUUCAAAACACUUUUUGGUGAAAAUGUGAAUAAAUCUGGAUCGAAAUAUACAAGAGAAUAUCGAGGUGGAGGGGGAAGUGGUUAUGGGGGAGGGGGAGGUGGGCCUGCUAAUUCAGGACCAAGACCACCACAAAGACGACUUGGACGAAUAGGUAGAAUGAGUGACGUUUCAUGCCCUCCAAUGGGAGGUGGAUGAGGUUAAGCAUCGUACAGUGUAAAUGAAAAGGAAAUGCAAUUUUUAAGUAUUUUCUUACGCUGUACAACUCUUACAAAUUGUUUGCUAAUAAUGGAGAUGAGUUCUAAACACAUUUUCCAAUGUAUGACGAUAUUACCAUAAACCGUAUUGCGGCCGGUAAUCUCUGAUGAUUUUAGCAUCAGUUUGUAUCAUUUAACUCAUUCAGCUCGGAUGAAGGUCUACUUUAUAUUCUCUUUAAUUAAUAACUAGCAUAAUUUUUUUUAAAUAAAAUGCCUAUUUUAUAAAUUCUUUUUGUUCAUAGUAUGAUUUAAAAUUAUAUGAC